AUGGCCGACCAUAAAGAGCCACUUCAGCCUACCAUUACGCCGCUGGAAGAAAUCCCGCCCGCGGUCCAAGCCAUUCUGAACUUGCGCUGCCCCUCUCCUCCUCCCAUCUUGACCAACUCACGGAUUCACACUCCGGUAGCUUCCAAGUCAUCCGUUGCUUCCGUGCUGGUACUCACACAAAGCCCUCCAACCUCGGAGAAUGGCAGGGUCACCGUGCCCGCUGGCGGGGCGUUAUUGCAGUCGAAAAGCCCCGAGUUCUCAUCCCCUCAACUGUUGCAGCUGCCCCACGCGGGAAACGCUGCUGUAGUGGCUGCUCACGGUCUCACAGAGUCCGACUGGGGACUGUCGACGUCGUUAGACUUUACAAAUAAGCCGCCGGAUGGAAGCAGCCACCACAAGGCGCCUAGUGUUCAUGCACAUUUCUAUGUGGAUGAGGCCCAGAAGCACAUUAAGCCUGUAAACCGGUCUAGAUCAGGCUCAGCUUCUGCGGUGACGAAUGAGCCGAUCGUAAAUGGCAAGGAUGAGCGUGAACGGCUGCGCGAGAAGCUUGCUCUGCCGGCGUUGAGCACUACUGAACAGAACGCAAACAUCGACCCCAGACUCCCUCAAGAUGACGGUAAGUUGCAUGUUUUGUUUGGAGUUUGCGGUGCCACACUGAUUUUGAAGACCAAGCUAAUUAUGGCCAAGUUGCUUGAGGUUUACAAACCCGACAAGAUAGCUAUUCAGCUUAUUAUGACCCAGGCAGCAGAGAACUUUAUUUCGCCUGAGAUGUUGAAUCACCUCGAAAACGUCAAGAAGAUUCGUGUCUGGAGAGAUCAAGACGAAUGGACCACCUGGAACACGAGGACGGAUCCUGUUCUUCACAUUGAAUUGAGACGUUGGGCCGACGUGUUGGUUGUGUGUCCAUUGACCGCUAAUUCUCUCGCUAAGAUCUCAUUGGGCCUCUGUGACAAUCUUCUCACCAACGUGAUCCGUGCAUGGAACACGGCCUAUCCUAUAUUGCUCGCCCCGGCCAUGACAAUUAAUGCGUACAAUGCUAUCACCACCAAAAGGCAAUUGCGGCUCAUAGCCGAAGAGAUGCCUUGGAUUGAGAUUCUCAAACCUGUGGAGAAGGUGGUGGGCUCGUACGGUGACAUCGGCAUGGGCGGCAUGAUGGACUGGAACGAGAUUGUCAACAAGAUUGUGCUCAAGUUAGGCGGAUAUCCUGAAGAGGAGGAUGAGGAUGAUGAUGACAAGAGUAAUGAGAACGCUAUCGCUGACGACGAGGAUGACGACAAGGAUGAUGACGAUGAUGAUGAUGAUGAUGAUGAUGAUGAUGAUGACGACGACGACGAUGAUGAUGACAGCGAUGAAAGUGUUCUCAGCCAACCAGAUACAGAUGAAGUUGCGAGAGUAAAGAGAGAAGUGUUGAAAGCAUCAAAUGCACUUGGCCAGGUGAAGGUCGAGUAA